AUGUUGAUUGUGACCCAACAAGAGUCGGAUGGUAAUAACGAUAAUAAUAAUAAUAAUAAUAAUAAUAAUAAUAAUAAUAAUAAUAAUAAUGAUAAUAGUAAUAAUAAUAAUAGUAAUAAUAAUAAUAAUAAUGAUAAUAGUAAUAAUAAUAAUAGUAAUAAUAAUGAUAAUAAUAAUAAUAAUAAUAGUAAUAAUAACAAACGAUAG